CACCCUCCCAACAAAAAGCAGACCACCGCGUCUCCGCCCGCCGCCACCAGCAGAUCCAUCCCCUCCCUCGCCUUUACCCUCGAGCACGGCGGCGCCCUCGCCCUGCUCUCCCGUCCGGCCAAGCUCCUCCUACCCGGCGCCAUGAACCCCUACGACCUCCGCUUCGCCGACCCCUCAUCCUACCACGACAGGCGCAGCGACCUGGCCGUGGCUCCUACGUUCGCUCCGCCGGCUCCCGUGGCUGCGGUGAACCCGAACCCUUACGCCGCCGCCUACCCGCCCGUGCCAGUGCCCGUGCCCGCGGCCCCCGCGGGCGGCGACUACCAGCGCUACGGGCAGGGCGGCAGAGGCCGUGGUGGAGGCGGCAGAGGAGGCGGCGGUGGGUAUGGAGGUGGCGGUGGUGGGUAUGGAGGUGGCGGCAGGGGAGGUGGUCGCGGGAGGGACGGGCUUGACUCGCUUGCCCUCCCUAAGCCGGACUUCCGGAGCCUGAUACCGUUCGAGAAGAACUUCUACGUGGAGUGUCCCUCCGUCCAGGCUAUGUCGGAGGCGGAUGUGGCGCAGUACCGCCGCCUCCGGGAUAUCACCGUAGAGGGCCGGGAUGUGCCCAAGCCGGUCCGAUACUUCCAGGAAGCCAACUUCCCAGAUUACUGCAUGCAAGCGAUUGCCAAAUCUGGAUUUGUGGAGCCAACUCCUAUUCAAUCUCAAGGUUGGCCUAUGGCUUUGAAGGGUAGGGACCUGAUUGGUAUCGCUCAAACAGGCUCAGGGAAAACAUUAUCUUAUCUGCUACCUGGGUUGGUUCAUGUUGGUGCCCAGCCUCGGCUAGAACAAGGCGAUGGCCCAAUUGUAUUAAUCCUCGCCCCCACAAGAGAACUGGCUGUUCAAAUACAGGAAGAAUCUACAAAAUUUGGAUCAUAUUCAAGAACUAGAAGCACAUGUGUCUAUGGUGGUGCACCUAAGGGUCCACAAAUACGUGACCUUAGAAGAGGAGUUGAAAUUGUCAUUGCAACUCCUGGUCGGUUGAUUGAUAUGCUGGAAGCCGGCCACACGAACCUACGUAGAGUGACAUACCUUGUGCUGGAUGAGGCAGACCGGAUGCUAGAUAUGGGUUUUGAGCCCCAAAUUCGAAAAAUAGUUGCACAGAUCCGCCCAGACAGGCAAACAUUGUACUGGAGUGCCACAUGGCCUAGAGAAGUUGAAGCCUUAGCAAGGCAGUUUCUGCAAAAUCCUUAUAAGGUAACCAUAGGAUCACCUGAACUUAAAGCUAAUCAUUCCAUACAACAAAUUGUAGAAGUUAUUUCAGACCAUGAGAAGUAUCCAAGACUCAGUAAGCUCUUGUCUGAUCUAAUGGACGGAAGCCGUAUCUUGAUAUUCUUCCAAACAAAAAAGGACUGCGAUAAGAUCACACGGCAACUUAGAAUGGAUGGGUGGCCGGCAUUAUCUAUACAUGGUGAUAAAGCUCAAGCUGAACGGGACUAUGUUCUUGCAGAGUUUAAGAGCGGCAAGAGUCCCAUAAUGGCUGCUACAGAUGUGGCAGCACGUGGUCUUGACGUGAAGGACAUAAAGUGUGUGAUAAAUUAUGAUUUUCCAACAACUCUUGAAGAUUAUAUUCACAGGAUAGGUCGAACUGGCCGUGCUGGUGCUAGCGGAACUGCAUUUACUUUUUUCACACAUGCAAAUGCUAAGUUCUCAAGGAAUCUAGUGAAGAUUCUGCGGGAAGCUGGACAAGCUGUGAAUCCUGCACUAGAAUCCAUGUCCAAGUCUUCAAACUCAGGGGGAGGAGGCAAUUUCCGGUCGAGAGGCAGAGGUGGGUUUGGUAACCGGGGUCAUAUGUCUGGAUCAAAUACCUUUCCUUUAGGAGGAGGGAGAAGGCCAUAUUGAUGGGUGCAAAAGAAGUUUGGGACUUCUAUUUGUAAACUACUAGGCAUUAAGUGCAUUCUUUGGGAAAUUUCUGAGAAAUUCCCCUUACUAGGAUUGACAACAAAGUCAAUUUUCGCUACAAUACCUGGAGCUAUGAACCUUCUCAUAUGAAAUAUCAAAAUUUAUCAACUACCUAGCAACAGCCUAUGCAUUUUCUUUUGGAAGGACCCUUUUUCUUGUUGGACUGGAGUCCCUGUGGUCGUUUAAACUCGGCUGUAUACUUGUACUGGACUUGUGGAGUUACUGAGAAAAUGGAGUUUUUGUUGCCCACUAUUGGUGUGCGGUGUUACUGAACAAA